AUGGAUAUGGCCGCAACGACGACCAGAGCGGACACGGGCAACGCCACGUCGACCUACAUCGACAUUGACUCUCUCACCUCUGAUGAGUUCUCGCCUUAUAAACAUGCAAACUCCCUUAUUCUCGCAACCAACAACCCCUCUGAUCCGACCAUCGACCUCACUACACCCCUCUCCCGCGUCCUGUUCGACCUCCAAGAAAUUGAUUCGCAUAUCCAUACCCUCACCGCCCGCUCAGCACUCGACAUUCUCACAUACACCGCCACUCAGAAUGCCGCCGCCCAACGAAUACUCACCAGGAUGGAAGAGGAACGAGCACGUCUAAACGCCAGCUACGAACGCCUGGAGAAGGAAGUCCUGGUCCGGCAUCAGAAAGCAGUGGAUGCGAAACUUGUUGCCCAACGAAGCUGGGAGGUUGUCCGCUUGGGCAGGGGUGUACAGCGUAUUCUCAACCUUGCACGACAAUUCGAGGUGAUCCUCGCAGAGUCCGGCCUUGGAGGAGGUGCCCGUGCCGGCAAAGAGGAUCACGGUGCGCUUGUGCGCGCAACACUUGCAAUUCUUGGGUUUCGCGAUGCCAUCCUUGGAAGGGACGGCGGCGAGUUAGCACGCAUCAAUCUUGUGAAAACUGUGCGGGGAAGGGUCUUCGAAGAUGGUGAGGCUCAGAUCCUAGACUUUGCAAGACGCAUUGUCAGAGAGUUCUCAAUGACUACCCUUUCCUCGGGUUCUGGCAGUGGAAUUUCGACAUCGUCUGGCCCUUCGUAUCGAGAAGUCGAGGACAGCCGUGCCCGGUUCACGAGUGCAGUGCACAUUCUCUAUCUCCUCUCUCCGGCACCAAGAAUCGAUGGAGAGAAGAUGAAAAAGAAGGACUUUGAGCCUGAAUAUCUGCUCCGCGCGUUACAGAGUUACUUACAGACAGCCAUCACGUCCAGUUCGGCAUCAAUCGGGAGAGCUCUGGGCCAGUUACCCAUGUUAGACCGGGCCUUGUUGGAGACAAGUGCACGAUGUCAAAAUAUUGUGGCCCUGGAAGCCAUGCUGCGCGGCAUUUCUGCCCCUGACCAUCCAUUACUGCAGGCUGAAGCUACCGACGACCAAAACAUCACCCACGACGUUGACGAGGAGGACUCUGAAGAUGAGGCAACCUUAGAGCCCUCUAAAACAACCACCCCUGACAACUUUCUCUCCUUACUCCUCAAUGCACUCGACACUGCGUCUCUCCCAUCGUAUUUCUGGCGCUCACUGGCUUCCUCACUAUCUACUCGUGUCCAAGAGAUUCUGACAAGAGGAGGCGUUUCCGCACGUACACUGCGAAGUCAACGCGACGCCGUCCGGCAGGAAAUCCGCGACUGUGUCCUUCGAGGCUCAAAGCUGCCGAGGACUGUGCUUGCAGGUGACGCGAAAACAAUGUCGACUGCAAAGGGCGAGCAAGAAGUAGACAAUUGGGAACGAGAGGCGGCGGUGAUGGUUGGGAGUGUGGUUGGUUUGUUGGGGCGGUAG